UCCCUACAUAUAUAACCACCCUUACACUAACUUGCUAAGGGCCUAACAAACAAAAACAACAACAUCUUCACACUCAAAACUCCAAUUUUCUUUCCACAUCCCAUCAGCUUUAAUCACCUUACUCAUUUCUAUGGCGACGGCGAUAUUCUCACCUUAUAAGGCCAAUGAGGGCGUUGUAACCUACCCUCGAGAUGCAUCGUUCUCCUCAUACCUUGAUACAACUGAGAGGGACUUUGUUCGAACCCUAGCUAAAUCGGUUAAUAAUAGUCCCUCUCCAACUCGAGAAACUUCCUCCCCACGUAUAUCUAGCGUGGGGAGGAAUCUUUCUCGAGUUCAGAGAAGUGGUGAGUCGGAUGUGUUUAGGGCCGAGAGAUACUUCAACGAGAAGAUCAGUGAUAAGAAAGGCGGAAGGAGUCAUGUCGUCCAAAAAAGGGAUAAUGGACAUCCUCAUAGAAGAGAGAAAAUUAGGGAUGAUUUUUUACAAAGGAAGUCAUCAAGAAGUAAUAUUAGUAGUAGUGUUAAGUCACCAACCCCAAGCCUUAAAUCCGAAGUAAGUUUUAAUAGCCAAAUUGGUUUUUUAUUACUUCCAAAGAAAGGAAGUGUUGGCCAUAAAAUUUUCUCUGGCUUUCAAUGUAAAGGUUCUUGUUUGAGCAAGAAAUCUGUUUACACUCACCAACAAAUGGUUCAAUCCUCUUCUCCAAAGUUGUACCAAGGGAAUGGGAAUCGGAAUGGGAAUGAGAAUAGGAAAAGCCGGCUUUCCGACCAAGAUCAAGAACACUUUGCAUUCCCCAUCAUAGACACAACAACGCUUCACUUAAACCGGUCUAGGAAAUCUAUGGAGGUGUUUGGAUCAAUCCAUCACCAACUAGGAAAGGAAGAAAUAGAACAAAACCUCGAAAGGAAGCUUUCGAUCCUAGCAUGGGACGCGAUCCCUACUUCCCCUACUACCACUACGAGUUGUACACCUCCAUUCACAAUUUCAUUAGCAAAGAAAACUAGUCAAGAUGAUGAAGAUGUGUGUUGUAGUGAUGCAAGCUCGGAUCUUUUCGAAAUAGAAACACUUUCCGGUGUUCCCGGUAGCCCAACAUCAACCCCUUAUGCUCCUAGUGAAGGGAGCAUAGAGUGGAGUGUGGUUACUGCUAGCGCGGUUGAUAACUUCUCCACUUUUUCAGAUGAACACGAAUUCACCUUCCCUAGGGAAAGGGAAAGGGAAAGGGAAAGGGAAAGAAGUAAGAACAACACCAUGGAGAAGAGAAAGAUGCAAAUAAGGAGCUCAAAUUCUGGUAGUGGGAUGUUCUUAGGGUGUACAAGUCACAAAGCUUUAGAUGUUGUAAGGAAUUACAACCAACAUGAUUAAACAAUAUAAUGUUACCAUCGAUAUGGAUGUCAACCAGUUUAGUAUUGAAAGGUGGUAUCCAAUUAUCCAAGACCUGAGCUGAUAGCGAAUCUUGUCUACAUCAUUUGUCGGCUUAUCUUUUUGUGGCUCUUUCUACACUAAAAAGAACAGUGUUAACAUUGAUCAAUCGUGCAUUAGUAUUGGUGUAUGAAUAUUUAUAAAAAUGAUUACUUUUGUAUGAUUUUCGCGGUGGUUAUAUGUCAAUGGCAUUGUUAUGAUGUAGUAGUACGAAUUUUUUCCUUAGUGAUAAGAUAUUGUUAUUAUUGAAUUAGAGCCAUGAAAUCAUGUAUUAGUCCUACCAAAGUAGUAUGAAAGUCAUAAUACAUUUAUAAUUAAUAUCUAUGACAAUAUGAUUAAUUUGGAGCUUUA